UUUUGACGGCACUAUCGGCACUGAAUGAACGUAGAAAAUUCUCGAACGGCAUUCAAAAACCUCCAAAAGUGAAAAAGACCAAGGCGUAUAACCAAUUUUCGGCGUCUUAAAGGUCAUUCCUAAGAGAAAUUAUUGUUAUUUACAUCAUGGUUGAUUACAGCAAGUGGAAAAACAUCGAGAUCUCAGAUGAUGAGGAUGAUACACAUCCAAACAUUGACACACCUUCACUCUUUCGAUGGAGACAUCAAGCCAGAGUGGAACGGAUGGAUCAGCAUCAAAAGGAAGUGGAAAAACUGAAACAAAUCAAAUCCGAACAAGAGAAAAAAAUCAUGGAAGCUAAAAAGAAGCUUGAGUCAGGUGGUGAUAAUAUGGAUGAGUUGAAAAAAGAGCUUGAAAGGCUACAGAAAGAAGAUGAGAAGCUGAAAAAAGAAGAAGAUGAAUUACAUAAGAAAGAAAAGAUUAUGCCAUGGAAUGUGGACACUAUCAGCAAACCAGGCUUCGCCAAAACCGUAAUCAACACGCGCCCGCCCGCCCCAAAGGACGAACAACUCUCCGAAGAAGAACGUGAAAACCGCCUGAAGAAAUUCAUCAAGGAUCACGAAAAAGAACUCAAACACUACGGCAUGCUACGACGGUACGACGAUUCCCUAGCGUACCUGAAAUCGCACAAUUAUCUCGUCUCCGAAGACACCGCCAACUACCUGGUCAUCUGGUGCAUAAAUCUCCAAAUGGAAAGCAAGACGGAGCUGAUGAAUCACGUCGCGCAUCAAGUCAUCUGUAUGCAGUAUAUCCUCGAACUGGCCAAACAACUCAGCUGCGAUCCACGAGCUUGUCUAGACGCGUUCUUCUCAAAGAUACAAAUUGCUGAACCAGAAUACAAAGCGUCAUUCGAAGACGAACUGGAACAAUUCAAAAACCGCAUUAAGCGACGCGCCGCCGAAAAGAUGGAGACGUUAAUCAAAGAAGCCGAAGAAGAAGAACGACAAGCACGUUUAGGUCCAGGCGGAUUAGAUCCAGUCGAAGUGUUUGAAACACUUCCAGACGCGUUGAAGAAAUGCUUCGAGAGUCAAGACGUGAAGUUACUACAGGAAACAAUCGCAAAUCUGCCCGAAGAGGACGCAAAGUAUCACAUGAAACGCGCGGUGGAUUCCGGUUUGUGGGUUUUGGACGCAAACAAAGAUAAAGGCGAACCCGAAGGCGAUGAGGCCGCUGGCACUUCAUCAUCAUCGUAAUAAUCAUGCAAAUUAUACAAUUUUAUUAUGUACAUCAAGUAAUUUCUUCAAUUCA